AGGUUACUCUGAGUUCAUGCACGUUGGCGAACGCCUCCAUCCUCAGUUGCCUACUCUUAGACAGUUACACUUCGUCUGUCAACUUUCUCUUCCAAUUUGCGUCGCUAACCUUCCAAGUUUCCAUCAUUUUCCCGAGAAAGUCCCGCAUGGGCCGCACCACAUCUCCACCCGAGUCCCUCGACAAUGGAGGCGGUCUUGCUGGCUCCGGCAAUGAUCUGGGGUUCCACUCGAUCCGCGAUCGUUUUCCUCUCAAACGAAACCUUAGCCAUUACCGCAACCGAGCCAAGGCUGACUCGGAUCAUUCGCCGCUUCACCGCGGCCGAUCUCACCACAGCCGCUUCAACCGCAAGGGCUUACUCUGGCUGAAGGGAAAGUCGGCGUUCUACUCCGUGGUGAUCCUCGCGGUGUUCCUGUUCGCGAUGGCGUCCAUGGUGUUGCAGAGCUCGAUCACGUCGGUGUUCAGGCAGGGUAGCGAGAGAGGGAGGUCACUGAGGGAGGGAUUGAGGUUUGGGAGCACGUUGAAGUUCGUGCCGGCUAUGGUUUCUCGGAGAGAUGGGCUCGAUCCAUUGCGAUCGAAGCCGAGGGUUGGGGUUAGGGCACCGAGACUCGCUCUUAUUCUUGGAAACAUGAAGAAAAGUCCACAAUCAUUGAUGUUGAUUACAGCGAUGAAGAAUUUACAGAAAUUGGGGUAUGUGCUUAAGAUUUUUGCACUGGAUGAUGGAAAAGCACGUUCAAUGUGGGAGCAAAUAGGUGGCCGGCUUUCAAUAUUAGGUCCUGAGCAAUAUGGCCAUAUAGAUUGGUCAAUUUUUGAAGGCAUCAUUGUUGAUUCUCUUGAAGCGAAAGAGGCCAUUUCGGGCCUUAUGCAGGAGCCUUUUUGUUCGGUACCACUUGUAUGGAUAAUUCAAGAAGAUACACUUGCAAAUCGUCUUUCAGCAUAUGAGGAAAUGGGCUGGAAGUAUCUUGUUUCCCAUUGGAAAACUGCUUUUAGUAGAGCUAGUGUCGUCGUGUUUCCAGAGUUCACUCUGCCGAUGUUAUAUAGUGUUCUUGAUGCUGGGAACUUCUUUGUGAUUCCUGGAUCACCAGUAGACGUCUGGGCUGCUGAAAGCUACAGCAAUACCCACUCCAAAUACCAAUUAAGGAAGAACAACGGAUUUAGUACAGAUGAUAUGCUGGUUCUAGUUAUUGGAGGCUCCUUCUUCUACAAUGACAUAUCAUGGGAAUAUGCUGUAGCAAUGCAUGCCAUAGGACCACUACUAAUAAAACAUGCAAAGAGGACAGAUUUGGGAGGCUCUUUUAAAUUUGUGUUUCUAUGUGGUAAUUCCACCGAUGGAUAUGAUGAUGCUUUACAGGAAGUGGCUUCACGUCUAGGACUUCUUCCUGGUUCUGUAAGGCACUAUAGCUUGAAUAGUGAUGUGAACAGUGUGUUAUUAAUGGCUGAUAUUGUUCUCUAUGGUUCCGACCAAGAUGGACAAAAUUUUCCUUCUUUGCUUAUCCGAGCCAUGACUUUUAGAAUCCCCAUUAUUGCACCUGAUUUUCCCAUCUUCAAAAAAUAUGUUGUUGAUGGGGUUCAUGGCUUAUUGUUUCCAAAGCAUAACCCUGAUGCUUUGAUGAGGGCUUUCUCCCUCCUGAUUUCAAGUGGAAAACUCUCUAAGUUCGCUCAAGCAGUUGCUUCCUCUGGAAGACUGCUUGCUAAGAAUAUGCUGGCAUCAGAAUGCAUAACUGGUUAUGGGAGGUUACUGGAAAAUGUACUCUAUUUCCCAUCAGAUGCCAUGCUGCCAGGUCCUAUUUCUCAGCUUCAGCAGGGGGCAUGGGAGUGGAAUCUGUUCAGGGGGGAAAUAGAACUCAAAAAUGGGGCCAAGCGAAACAGUGACGAGAAGGCUACUUCAAUGGGGAUGUUUAGUGUUGUUCAUGCCCUUGAAGAAGAGUUCAUCAAUUUUACUAAGUUACCAACCUAUACUGAGAAUGGAACUGAGAUUCUGCCACAAGAUAUCCCCACUAAACUUGAUUGGGAUAUUUUGAGAGAAAUAGAAAUUUCUGAAGAAAAUGAGAGGGUAGAAAUGGAGGAGCUCGACGAAAGAAUGGAGAGAAACCUUGGUGAUUGGGAUGAGAUUUAUCGUAAAGCUCGAAAAUCUGAAAAACUCAAGUUUGAAGCAAAUGAAAGGGAUGAGGGAGAGCUUGAGAGGAUGGGUCAGCGCGUGUGCAUUUAUGAGAUUUACAGUGGAGCUGGGUCCUGGCCAUUCUUGCACCAUGGUUCUUUGUACCGUGGUUUAAGCCUUUCUUCAAGAGCACGGAGGUUGAGAUCAGAUGAUAUUGAUGCAGUUGGGCGACUUCCCAUUUUGAAUGACUCUUACUAUCAGGAUAUUCUCUGUGAGGCUGGGGGAAUGUUCUCUAUUGCAAAUAGGGUGGAUAACAUUCACGGAAGACCUUGGAUUGGAUUCCAAUCUUGGCGUGCUGCUGGUAGGAAGGCUUCACUGUCCUUAAAAGCUGAGAAGGUUUUGGAAGAAACAAUACAAGAGAACACUAAAGGAGAUGUAAUAUACUUUUGGGCGCGCAUGGACAUGGAUAGAGUCACUGGAAGCAAUGACGCACUCACGUUUUGGUCCAUGUGUGACAUCUUAAAUGGAGGACACUGCAGGUCUGCUUUUGAAGAUGCAUUCCGCCGGAUGUAUGCAUUGCCACUGUAUCUAGAAGCUCUUCCACCCAUGCCAGAAGAUGGUGGCCACUGGUCUGCUUUGCAUAGCUGGUUGAUGCCAACCCCUUCCUUUCUGGAGUUCAUAAUGUUUUCACGGAUGUUUGCUGAUUCUCUUGAUGCCUUGCACAUCAAUUCCAGUAAAAUCAGUAUGUGCUUACUGGGAUCUUCAGAGCUUGAGAAAAGGCACUGUUACUGUCGUGUAUUGGAACUCCUGGUCAAUGUUUGGGCUUAUCAUAGUGCCAGGAAGAUGGUUUACAUAGAUCCACACGUUGGUUCACUGGAGGAGCAGCACCCAGUUGAACAACGAAAGGGAUUCAUGUGGGCAAAAUAUUUUAAUUUUACGUUGUUGAAGAGUAUGGAUGAGGAAUUAGCAGAGGCGGCAGACGAUGAAGACCAUCCACGCAACAUGUGGUUGUGGCCAUUGACAGGGGAAGUGCAUUGGCAAGGGAUAUAUGAAAGGGAGAGGGAACAAAGAUAUAGGCUGAAGAUGGACAAGAAGCGAAAAACAAAAGAGAAACUGUUCAAAAGGAUGAAGCAUGGUUACAAGCAGAAGCCACUUGGAAAAUAGAAAACAUAUUAUCUGAACCGCUCAUGUCUACUUUAGCAACACUCGACUCCUAAAAUGGUCACUGAACCCAUUUUUCGCAGCUUGCAAACUGGAAAACGCCCUUGCAGAUUGAGGAAAAGCAUAAUUUUUUCUAACAGCAUCGAGGUUGUUCAUAAGAAAAAUGGCAGUUCGAGUUUUUCUCGGUUUUACUAAACACACAUACACUAGAGAACCGGAGGGGAGAAAUAAGGAACUUCCCAGAAAGAGCAGCUCGCUAGCCUUCUGGGGCCUUUUUACUCGGUCAUUUCAAGCAGCACCAUGAACAUUGGGUUUUGAGAAGUACCCAACAUCCCUUGAACUUUUUUGUUUUGUUUUUUUGUUUCCAUUUUAGAAUAUUCAAUUUAGUGAGUAAAAAGCUGCAUUUCUUUCGUUAAUGUAUAUUCAUUCUAAUUUCCACGAAAGCAAUGACAAUUUUGAUAAGAACAA